GCUAGUACGAUGGCUGCUGACGGCUCAGUGUUGAUGGAAUCGUCUCAGCCAAUCAGCGUCGUGAAGCCAUCGCACUCAUCACAAGCACCAACUGCUUACGGUAACUCCAUAUCAACUCCUGCUUCAACUCAAAAGAUCAUUGAUUUGAAGAAAUCGUAUUCAAUAAUCGUCAAUAUGCAACUUCCCAAAACAUCUUUCAAACCAACUGAGCCAAUCUUUCCGUGUAUCACUAUAAAUAACGGUUGGAAAGCGUCGCUGAAAUACGUUCAUUUCAACAUCGUGCAAAAAAUUGCCUAUAAUGCGAAGCCGAAUGGCAGCUUGCAUCUUAAAACAUUCACUAAAAUGGUUGAUUUAACAGGUGUUGGUCUACCAGCGACGCAAAAGAAAAUCGCACCAGGCAGUAGUUUCACGUUCUCGCCUGAAUACUACGUGCCCGCCUUGAUUCCAUCAUUCGAAAUACCACACUUUCUGAAGGUCGACUAUGUGGCCAAAUUAACAAUUGGACACUCACCAAACCAGAUAUUC